UGUGGCCCCUGGCCAAGGAAGGGCCGCCCAGGCAGAAGGGGAGGGGGCCUUUCCGGACUCCUGAGCCCCACAUUGCAGGCCUUCGGGAAGGGGUUUCCCCCUCCCAGUCCCCCCCCCCCCGGCUUUCCUCCCGUCUCCCCAAACCUCCUCUGUUGCACGGUUUGCAACCAAGCCCGCCUGGCUGCCCCUUCGCCUUCCCGGCGCCUGCCCCAAGGGCACCCCUUUCUCCUUCUCCCUUGUGAACGUGUGUCUUUUUUCUUUUUUUAAAUUAACAGUUAAAUACGAUUUUAUUUUAUUCUAUCAAAUUUGUACCUCCCCUCCCUGUGAGUGGGCUGAGGGUAGCUAACGCCUUAUGUUACACAAUUAAAACCAUAUACAUAUCCAAAACCCAUAAAAAACAAUAUAAAACAGUUAGCACCAUGAUUGCAUUGCUACCUCCACACAUCGGCCAGGUUGCGCUGAUCCAUCAAUAUCCAAUUACUGAUUUAGCCAUCCAAGUGAAAAAGCACCCGUUGCCGCUGCUGGGAGUCUGGGGUGGGGGAAAUGCGGGGAAACCUGCCCCCCCUGCAGAAGCCCCGGUGGCCCGGGAGGGCAGCAGCAAGGGGGGGGAUCACACAAGUCUCUUCCCCCACCAUCUCAUCCUCCCUCCUUCGUGUCCCUCCCCUGAGGUCUUGGGGCCGUUUUCCUGCUCUGCUGGGCGUGCCUGGAGAGGUGUUUUCCCUAAGGAUUAUUAACCACAGUUGCAGGAUUUUUUCAGACUCAGUGGCCAGAAGAAAUAUAGACCUGGUCUGUAUUUCUAGGGGGAAAAGCAUCACAGCCAGGAGAGGCAGAAUGGAGAGAAACAUUUCCCCUGCAGGGCUAGUUUUCUCUGUGCAGGGAGUCCAGCAGUCCAUCCCUUCACCCCAGGGGCUCUUCCACCCCCUGACCAGCAGAGUCCCAGACGGUCUUGACUUCCCUCAGAGGGGACGAGGGAGAGGUUUUGUCUCCUGGCAGGGCCAGGGGCUCCUCUCGCUGGAAGAGAUCUGCAGUUUGGGAAGAAGCAUUGGGAGGGGUACGGAUGAAGGAGGAAUGGGGGGGGGGAAACGUGGGGCCAAGCCCUUCUGAGGCUGAGAGAGAGAAUCCAGUUUCUUGGAUUGGGCCCCAGAGCCAGUGCAGAGAGAGGUUCCCUGAAGGGACUGGCGCAGGCGUACUAAAAAGGGUUUCCCACCCUCUUUCUUUCUCUCCCUCCCAGGCAGCAGUGAAAAGGCUCCCUUGAUGGCUUCUCCACCGUCUCCUCCACGUGGUGAAGGGAAAAGGCCAGCCAUGCGGCCAGCUCAGAGUCCGGUGUCCUUCGAAGAGGUGGCUGUGCGUUUCACCCGGGGGGAGUGGAGCCUGCUGCGCCCGGCCCAGAGAGCCCUGUACAAGGAAGUCAUGCUGGAGAACUUUGGCCAUGUGGCCUCUCUGGGUCCUCAAGUUGCCAAACCUGACCUCAUAUCCUGGCUGGAAGAGGAGGCGGAAAAGCUGUUUCUCCUGAUUUCUGGUGAAGAGGACGGAUUGGCAGAGCCCCUGUCUGUCAUCUUUGAGAAUUCUUGGCCUAGAGAGGAGGUGCCAGAAGAUUGGAGGUGGGCAAACGUCUUCCCCGUCUUCAAGGAGGAGGAGCCAGCAGGAGGCGUGUGGGAGUCAGCAAAUGACACGAAAGAACAUCCAGUGAUGGAGAAAGAGGAAAUGUAUUCAGAUGGGAAGGAAAAAGCUGAAUAUUGUGAUGGACUGAAGAAGGAGGAGGAAAAAGAUCCUAAUGAAGGGGGGAAUCCUUCCGGUCUAUUAGAGUGGAGUGAUGCUAUACAGGAAAACCUAUACCCAGGCAAGAAGAACUGGAAUGAGCUCACUGCAAGCAAGGAAAAUACUCCCAAGAAAUCAGAUUUUAAUACUCAAUGGAGCACAUGUAACAAAAAGAAAAUAUUUCAGUGCCUGGAGUGUGGGAAGAGCUUCAGUCGCAGAGGAAUGCUUUCUUCCCACCAAAGAAUUCACUCAAGGGAGAAACCCUAUAAAUGCCUGGAGUGUGGGAAAAGCUUCCGCACGAGUUCAGACCUUACCUCACAUGAAAGAAUUCACACUGGGGAGAAACCCUAUACAUGCCGGGAGUGUGGGAAAAGCUUCUGUUCGAGUUCUGUCCUUACCUCACAUGAAAGGAUUCACACUGGAGAAAAACCAUAUACAUGCCUGGAGUGUGGGGAAAGCUUCAGUCAGAGUAGUCACCUUACUUCCCAUCAAAGAAUUCACUCAGGGGAAAAGCCAUAUAAAUGCCAAGAGUGUGGGAAAAGUUUCAGUCGGCGUGACAGCCUUUCUUCCCACCAAAGAGUUCACUCAGGGGAAAAACCAUAUAAAUGCCUGGAGUGUGGGAAGCACUUCAGUCAAAGUAGAAACCUUUCUUCUCAUCAAAGGAUUCACACAUGGGAGAAAACCUAUAAAUGCCUGGAGUGUGGGAAAAGCUUCAGUCAGAGUGGAAAGCUUACUCUCCACCAAAGAAUUCACACAGGGGAGAAACCUUAUAAAUGCCUGACGUGUGGGAAAAGCUUCUGUUCGAGUUCAGGCCUUAUCUCACAUGAAAGGAUUCACACAGGGGAGAAACCAUAUAAAUGCUUGGAGUGUGGGAAGAGUUUCAGUUGGAGUGGAAAACUUACUGUCCAUCAAAGAAUUCACUCGGGGGAGAAACCAUACAAAUGCCUGGAGUGUGGGAAAAGCUUCAGUCAGAGUACAAACCUUUCUUCUCAUCAAAGGAUUCACACAGGGGAGAAACCCUAUAAAUGCCUGGAGUGUGGGAAAAGCUUCUGUUCGAGUUCAUACCUUACCUCACAUGAAAGGAUUCACACAGGAGUAAAACCAUAUAAAUGCCUGGAAUGUGGGAAAAGUUUCAGUCAGAGUGGAAGCCUUUCAUCCCACCAAAGGAUUCACACAGGAGAGAAACCAUAUAAAUGCCUGGAGUGUGGGAAAAGUUUUAGUCGGAGUGGUAACCUUACUUCCCAUCAAAGAGUUCACAUAGGAUGAAAAUCAUGGAAGUGCUUCAAGUAUGGAAGGAUGUUACGUCAGGUACAUUGGCUUUCAGCAUUUCCAAGCAGUCAAAUAAAACAGUGUAAUGUGUUCCAUAAUCCUACUACAUUAAUCAGAAAGUGUGUUCCAGACUCAUCAGCGCAGGCGCAGUUUGCACGCCUGAGAAAAGGGCUGCCCCCCUCCCUUCCCUUCGCUUCCCUGAUAGGCUGGGGGAGGGGAGGGCCCGCCUGUCAAAGCAGAAGCCCAAAUCCAGCCAGUUGGGCUGCAGAAAGGGUGGCGCGCUUCCCUGCCAUUCGCUGCUGGGAACGGGGCCGCAACGGGCAGGCUGGCAAACACAGCAGGGACCGGCUGCCUGCACCCCUCUGCUCCCUCCCCCUGCCAUGUAACCCAUGCUUCCAGCCGAUCUGGUGUGGCCCCGAAUGGGCCAUACCAGUGGCUGGAAGGUGCAGUGGGGCCACCAGAUCUACCAUCUCUUUGCUGACCAGUAGACACAUUGUCUCUGAUCCCUUGGAGACCAGGUCUACCACCUCUUCCUUUGCCUCUGGACCCAUGGAGACCAGGUGUACCCACCAUAGUUCUGCUGGCAGGGUAGACCUGGAUUCCAGACUCCCAGAGGCCAGAUCUACCUACCAUUCCUUUGCUGGUCAGGUAGACCUAUCACUUCAACAACAGGGGGCUCCUCCCUACAAAUGCUACACCAUAGAAGAAAAACCUCGGUCUACAGAAAUACAUGUAAAAUUUGUAACGUUUUAUAAAGUUUUAUGUAAUUUUUAUAAAGUUCAGUGCAUAAUACAAAGUGCUAAAGUGCUGAUAAAUAAAUUACAAUAAAUAUCCGAUAAAUAAUUUAGUAAAGAUACAUGCAAUCC